UCGGCCCCGGUCCAGUCCUGCUGCGGCCUCGCAGGAAUUCCAAGCCCGGGCCGACGGCGGCGCUGGUUAUCAGUGCCUUUAUUUUCAUUUUAUUGCACACGGCAGAUAAGAGGGCCUUUUUAUGGUACGCUACUGACAUUUAUGGUCUUCGGGAGAGGAGGCCCAAGAACCGAGAAGAGUUGGUCCAGGGGGCGGUCCGUGAGUAGCACUAAUAAGCCCCGAGGUUUGGCUCUAUUGUGAGGAUGAUGAAGAAGAGGUUCCUCCAAAUUAGACCAAGUAAUAAGACGAGUGGUGACCCCGAGGACUCUGGCGCCAACAGAUGGCAGUUGGUUGACCUAAGCUCAAAAAGUGAGUCACAUGUCAAAAACUUCAGAAGCUCCUCCCGGUGUCAUUCUGCACAGUUGCAAAACAGCUGCAAGAGUGCUGGGCGUAGGUCAAGAUCGGAUAAGAUACCACACCCCGCGACUUGCUGUUUGCCGUUGAGGGACCAGAUAUGGCCAAGAAUCAAUCUUAACUCUCUCGAGGUGUCAUCGGUUGGCACCGAUAAAGCGAUUGCUUAUCGGGGGAAAGCCGGGCAUCGAUGAUGAUGAACGAUGAGCAGGAGGAGGAGGAGGAGGUCUUUGCACCAGGUGUCAGUGGUCUGCAUUGUUGUACACCAGGUACAUCGCGAACAUUUCUUGACACUUGACAAGCGAAUGGCUUCAAUUGCUUGUCGGUAGGAGUGGCGUUGGACUUUGAGCUUGGGGCCGAUUCAGGUUCUGUUCACGUGAGAUUGCCUUCCAGAGUUGAUCUAGAUUGAUUGAAAGAUGUGAACAACGUAUGGACAUUUGUUUUGCAUAUUCUUGGUAGCUUAAUGGGAUUGUUUCAAAUACCCUUAAUGUUAAUUGUGAUGUUUUGAUAACAAAAUGAAAAAAAAAAAUAUUCCAAAAACCAUUGAAGCGUCUGAGAAUACAAUGCAAAAAUGCAUCAAUCAUCUUGGACCAACAUCAUAAUUACGAUGACAGUCAUCGCCGGCCAAGCUUUCCCCAACGUUACCGGAAGCGAUCUGUUUGAACGGAAACUCCGGCCAACGGAUGUUGCUUUAUUGGCGCGAAGCUUAGCUCGGUGCGCGUACGCUCCACGUAGUCACCUUGCGACAAAACCGAUGCGCAUGGAAUCCAGAGACUCGAAGGACAGCACGUCCAAGACCGACGCGGAGUCCCCCGAACAGCACCAACCGGUUCAGCAGGAUCAGCAGCCGUUGCAACAGGUUGAAGUUCAGGAAAUCAUCGUACCUGCCGAGAUGACCAACGCUGAGGGGCAAUCGCCGGCUUUACCGACGGCAGUGAUUAUCAACCAGCACAAGCAUCGAAUGAUUACGACCUCGGGAGAAAUUGCCGAGUCGCACGAGAUUCCACAUCCGGACGCGACGGAAUACGAAAGUGUGGAGUAUCAUCAGGCUACGGUGACUACCGCCGGAGGUCAGACGUACGCGUAUGAGCAGAUUCCGACUAGUCAAGGGAAUAAUGGAGCGGGAGCUUCGCCGGUGCCGCAGUACCUGAAACGGGAGUCCAGCUUGGAAAAGGAGCGGCUGGUCGCAGCUGAAGCCCACGGCCAGAUUCCUGUGCAGACCCAAACCAUUUUCGUAGAGUACAAAAAUGAAGUUGAAGAGCCUGUGCGAUACGGGAACCCGUCGUUGGUUCGAUACGAAGACCUCAAGUACCAUCCACACUACUUGCACUAUCAAAAACCACAUCCAAGUUUGGCCAUUCCUCACCAUGCGCAUCCACACCACGCCCAUCAUGCACAUGUGCAACAGGUUCAACAGCAUCCUUCGCAGCAGGAGGUUGAUUCCUCGAUAAAAGCAGAACAUCUGGAACACCAACACCACCAACAGCAGCAACAAUCCCAUUCCCAACUCCAGCACCACCAUCAAUCGCAACAACAACAGCAACACCAGCAGCAAGCUCAUCAACACACCAUCCACAUCUACGAAACGCACGAAGCUGCUCAAGCUGGAGAAGUCCAGCAAUCCGAGGCUCCAGCCAGUGAGGUUAAGACGCACUAUACCAACCUGGAACCGGUGCACUCGUUGUCGUCCUCGCAGAACUACUACAUCGCUCCGGAAAGUUACCAAUCUACCGCCAACUACCCGUACAUUCCUACGAAAGAGACGGUGUACUACCAUUCCGCAAGUCCGAACACGGUACUGUACAAGAGCAGCGAUCCCACGCUCACCUCUUCCUCGAUAAUACCAACCAAGCAGAUUCACUACACCUCGCAGAACCUGUACGAGAACACUCCGGCUCACAACAGCAGUUCUCCUGGAGCUCAGCAGAUGUAUCCGUACUGGAAUGGAAACAUGGACUACACUACGACAUUCACCGGAGCGGUCGUCAUGGACCAGGCUCCUUCCGGCGGAGCCGAGUACGGCAACAACGGACAGGCGUGGCAAAUCGGUAGCUUGAACGACGGCUACGAACCGUCCAUCGGACUGCCAACCGAGCAUCGCGAGUGCGUCAACUGUGGCAGCUCGGACACUCCCCUGUGGCGAAGGGACAACGUGGGCCACACGUUGUGUAACGCGUGCGCUCUGUACAACCGCCAAAAUCCGGGAACCAAUCGGCCACCGAACCGCAGCCAGAAAGCCAAGCAGGCACCGAAAGCACCAGUACCUGGAAACCGGCGAACGGGCGUCACCUGUGCCAACUGUCAGACGACGACGACCACGUUGUGGCGCAGGAACAACCGCGGCGAACCGGUGUGCAAUGCGUGCGGGCUGUACCACAAGCUGCACAACGUGGACCGGCCGCUGACGAUGAAGAAGGAUGGGAUUCAAACGCGGAAGCGCAAGCCCAAGUCUAGUCAAUCGAUACCGUCGCUCAACGGGAUGGUGAGUGAAAAACUUCUCCCGUCGAUGAUCCCAAACCAGCUGCAUUCGGUCGGAGGCGCCGCCUCCGUUGCCGCCGGUGGACCUCAAAAGUUGCUCCUCCAACCACCGCUCAGCCACAUGGUGGCCGUAUCGUCGUCCUCCCAAUCGAUGGAUCUCCACUCGAGCCAUGCCAUCACGUCGUCCUCCGCCUCGUCGGUGUUGGCCCCGACCUCGUCCGCGUCGGGCAUCAACUCCGCCCAGGACCAAAGAUUCGUCGACAGUACUUCGACGGCCAGCAGCAUGUCCCCGCAUCUGCCCAGCAGCAACAGCCUGACGAGGCACGUCACAACCAGCGUACCAACCUUGGACACGACGAGCCGACCUUCGAACGGAGAAAUCACCAGCGUAAUCACGAGCACCGGGGUCACCGAACGGUCCAGUAAUUAGUGCCUAAACUUUAGAUAAGACUUUUCAAUCACCAAAUAUUUAGUUUUACGCGUAAGCCAUAUGAGAAUAAGAUAGUGAAAGUUUAAACCGAAUAGUUAUUUAAACUAAUAGCUCUUAGAACAACAAUCGCUGAAGGAAGCAUUUUUUUGUCAUAUCUCAGUGAAAGUAAAGCAUUUAGUUAAGCACCCGAGCAUGUUAAAUAUCGGAGGAGGAAAUAAAUGUGCGUUCCGAGAUUA